GCAACUUCCAUAUGAUAGGCGGGGUUUCGCGCACAGCUUGAACGAUAGCUUUUAUUUUCAUUUUCAUUCAUUGAGAUUAAUGUAAUAUUUUCGUGUGAUGUUGUUACUUUUGAAUGGUUAUAAAUGGCAAAAAUUGUAAGGGUCGAAGGGUAUCAACCCGUAAAGAAUGCUAUAACAGAGUUUUCUAAAUCACAUCAGUUAUUUCUGUUAUUUACAGGUGCAGAAGACGCUGAGGGGCGGUCUUGGUGUCCUGAUUGUGUUGACGCUAAACCUGUAAUAUUUGAUUGUCUAAAAUAUGCUCCUGAAAAGAGUGUGUUAGUUAUUUGUUCUGUUGGCAAUAGGAAUGCGUGGAAAGAUCCAAAUAAUGAUUUCCGCAAAGAUGAGCAAUUGAAGCUUACCUGUGUUCCUACGCUUAUUAAGUUUAACACGCCAAAGAGACUAGAAGAAGAACAAUGCAAAAGUGCAGCUCUUGUCAGUAUGUUGUUUGAAGACUGAUUGUUAAUCAGACUGCCAAAAAUAGCAUGUCUUCCUGUGCAUUCAUGUAUUUAUAUAAUUAAUGCAAAUUUUGCAUCAAAAUAAAGUAAAAUCUUUGUUUUUUAAAAUAUGUGUGUUUUUGUAACAAAUUGUAUAUUUGUAUUCCAUAAUCUAUUUCCAGGUCAUUAAAAUAGACACUGUUAAAGUAAUUCUUACUAUAACUUAUUGUUCUAAAAAGGAAUAGAAUUGGUAUUCAGCACACUUCAUGUCUGAAAAUCAAUAACUGAAAUGCCUAGAAAUGUAUUACUAUUAGUUUUUCAAUUUAUCCAUGUGUGUGUGCAUUGUAGUAGCAAAGAAAUUGAAAUUAAUUAACUUUUAUUUUCUGUAAAGCAUCUUUGAUUAAUUACAUCACUAAAUUUUAAGAAAAUUUGGACUCUUAAACAAGAGUAAUUCAAGCACUCGUAUUGAUUCCUUAUGUAUAAAAUUACUGUGGUGAAAAAAUACUGAAUAUAUGCUUUCAAGAGAUAAAGUAACUCCACACGAUAAUUAAAAUUCAGAACUAAUAAAACACAUGAAUUGCUAUGAAAAUAUAUUCAAAUAAAUCAUAUAACCAAUAUUUUCAUGUUAUUUUGUAUUUCAGCUACACAGAAAAUAGACUAUAGAAUACUAUAGAAUGAUGUUUUAAAAUAUGUUAUCAUAUCUUAAUAGUAAGUGUAAUAAUGUCAUGAGACAAAUGUUCAACCAAACUCUUUGUUUAAUAUGAAUUUGUAAAGCAGAAAGUAAUUUGGAAUGGCCAACCACAUUUAUAAGAUUUGAAUUCUUAGAAUCAAUUAAAAGAACGGUAUUUAGCUCACUGUUUUCUGCUAGUUAGACAUUUUUCUGUUAGAUCAUUAUUACUAAUUUAAUUAACAGAAUUGUAAACAUUACCUCAUUUAAAAUUUUUAUUCUCAUCAAUAUAUUUUCAUACUGUUGUUAAAUGCUGAAUAAAUAUUUUAUUCUUCUUUUGGGCCAAAUACUUGAAUUGUAAACUAAUAGAAUGCUUAUGAAUAAAAAUAUUGAAGAAA